GUUGAGCAUUUCCCUCCCCCUCAUUUUUUGCGACAGUUACAGCGAAAGUCACGGCUGUGGAGGCUGGUGUCAGCUGAUUUACCGCAGCAGCGGCGGCUGCAGCGGCAGGAGCUUCACCCUGCAGCUCCGGCGGGGAUCGGCGGCUGGGCUGGGGUUUUGGUCCCCAAGCUUUUCCCCGCCCGGAUUUUCCCACUGCACAGUCUUCUUAGAUACGUCCUUGCUUUGUGCUCCUUUGCCGGGGCGUCUGCCUGUGAUCCGACAGACAACAUCACCGCAUGAGAUGAAGCUGUGACAGAUGGGGGUGCUGAGACCCAGCAGGGCCACCUUUUCCAGAUCGCACACACGAGCCAGGACUUGAGUGCAGUUCUUUUGACUGCUUGAAACGCAAUGGCAGGAAACAGCCUGGUUCUGCCCAUCGUCCUCUGGGGCCGCAGAGCGCCCACACACUGCAUCUCAGCGGUGCUCUUGACCGACGACGGCGCCACGGUCGUAACCGGAUGCCACGACGGCCAGAUAUGUCUCUGGGAUCUUUCGGCAGAAUUGGAGGUUAACCCUCGAGCACUGUUAUUUGGUCACACGGCUGCAAUCACCUGUCUGUCCAGAGCGUGCGCGUCCAGUGAUAAACAGUACAUUGUGAGCGCGUCUGCGAGUGGAGAGAUGUGUCUCUGGGAUGUGAAUGAUGGCCGAUGCAUUGAAUUUACGAAAUUAGCCUGCACACACACUGGCAUACAGUUCUACCAGUUCUCUGUUGGAAAUCAGAGAGAAGGAAGGCUGCUGUGCCAUGGCCAUUACCCUGAAAUCCUUGUCGUGGAUGCCACCAGCCUUGAGGUGUUGUACUCCUUGGUAUCAAAGAUAUCCCCCGACUGGAUCAGCUCCAUGAGUAUCAUUCGGUCCCACCGCACACAAGAGGACACCGUGGUAGCCCUCUCAGUGACGGGCAUCUUGAAGGUGUGGAUUGUUACCUCUGACAUGAGUGGCAUGCAGGAUACCGAGCCAAUAUUUGAGGAGGAAUCCAAACCAAUUUAUUGUCAGAAUUGCCAAAGCAUCUCUUUUUGUGCAUUCACACAAAGGUCACUUUUGGUUGUGUGCUCCAAAUAUUGGAGGGUGUUCGACGCUGGAGACUAUUCCCUGCUGUGUUCCGGGCCCAGCGAGGACGGGCAGACGUGGACUGGCGGUGACUUCGUGUCGGCAGAUAAAGUCAUCAUUUGGACUGAAAAUGGGCAGAGUUACAUUUACAAACUUCCUGCCAGUUGCCUUCCAGCCAGCGAUUCUUUCCGCAGUGACGUGGGGAAGGCGGUUGAAAAUUUAAUUCCUCCCGUACAACACAGCCUCUUGGCUCGAACAGAUAAAGAGCUGCUCAUUUGUCCUCCUGUCACUCGGUUCUUCUGUGGAGCCAGCGAGCACUCCCAUAAACUGUUAAUUCAGGGAGAUUCUUCUGGAAGGUUGAAUAUUUGGAACAUAUCAGACACUCCUGGUAAACAGGAAGGUGAAGAAGGAUUGGAAAUAACAACUUCCGUCAGUUUGCAAGAGGCAUUUGAUAAGCUUGUUCCUUGUCCUGCUGGAAUUAUAGAUCAGCUGAGUGUGAUUCCCAACAGUAACGAGCCUCUUAAAGUGACCGCGAGCGUGUACAUACCAGCCCACGGACGACUCGUGUGUGGCCGCGAAGACGGGAGCAUCGUCAUCGUGCCCGCCACCCAGACGGCCAUCGUGCAGCUGCUGCAGGGGGAACACAUGCUCCGAAGAGGUUGGCCACCUCACAGAACUCUCCGAGGUCAUCGGAACAAAGUCACAUGUUUGCUAUAUCCUCAUCAGGUCUCAGCUCGCUACGACCAAAGACACCUGGUAUCUGGAGGUGUGGAUUUUUCGGUCAUAAUCUGGGACAUAUUUUCUGGAGAAAUGAAACACAUCUUCUGUGUACACGGUGGCGAGAUCACUCAACUCCUAGUUCCACCUGAAAACUGUAGUGCGAGGGUGCAGCACUGUGUCUGCUCGGUAGCCAGUGACCACUCGGUAGGACUGCUGAGCCUGCGAGAGAAAAAGUGCAUUAUGCUGGCAUCCCGCCAUCUCUUCCCCAUUCAAGUGAUCAAGUGGAGGCCCUCGGACGACUACCUGGUAGUGGGCUGCGCGGACGGCUCUGUGUACGUCUGGCAGAUGGACACCGGCGCCUUGGAUCGCUGCGUGAUGGGCAUCACAGCCGUCGAGAUCCUGAAUGCCUGUGACGAGGCCGUCCCCGCCGCGGUGGACUCGCUCAGCCACCCGGCCGUCAACCUCAAGCAGGCCAUGACGCGGCGCAGUCUCGCCGCCCUGAAGAACAUGGCCCACCAUAAGCUGCAGACCCUGGCAACGAACCUCCUGGCUUCCGAGGCGUCCGACAAAGGAAAUUUACCGAAAUAUUCCCACAACUCCCUGAUGGUCCAGGCAAUAAAGACCAACCUAACGGACCCCGACGUGCACGUGCUGUUCUUCGAUGUAGAGGCGCUGAUCAUUCAGCUCCUGACUGAAGAAGCUUCCAGGCCGAACACGGCGCUUAUUUCCCCAGAGAACCUGCAGAAGGCGUCUGGAAGGGCGGACAAAGGGGGCUCCUUCCUCACCGGGAAGCGGGCCGCCGUCCUCUUCCAGCAGGUGAAGGAGACCAUCAAGGAGAACAUAAAGGAGCACCUCCUGGACGAUGAGGAGGACGACGAGGAGGCCAUGAGGCAGAGGAGGGAGGAGAGCGACCCCGAGUACCGGGCCAGCAAGUCCAAGCCCCUGACCCUGCUCGAGUACAACUUGACCAUGGACACGGCCAAACUGUUUAUGUCCUGCCUGCACGCCUGGGGCCUGAACGAGGUUCUGGACGAGGUAUGCCUGGACCGCCUGGGCAUGCUGAAGCCCCACUGCCCCGUGUCGUUCGGUCUGCUGUCCAGAGGAGGUCACAUGUCACUGAUGCUUCCCGGGUAUAACCGGGCUGCUGGCAGGCUGUCACACGGGAAGGCGGAAGUGGACAGGAAGCUCCCGGCAACGGUGAUGGAGGGAGUGGGGCGGGGCACGUACGGAGUGUCCCGGGCCGUCACCACGCAGCACCUCCUGUCCGUCAUUUCUCUGGCAAACACCCUGAUGAGCAUGACCAAUGCGACUUUCAUUGGCGACCACAUGAAGAAGGGCCCUACCAGGCCACCUAGACCAAGCACCCCAGACCUCUCUAGGGCACGGGGUUCCCCUCCAAUGUCCAGAAAUAUUGUGCAAGGACAGAUUAAACAAGUGCCUGCACCUGUCACUUCCGCUCGGGCUGACGCCGACCACUCUGGCUCUGGCCCCGCCUCUACUCCUGCUUUCCAUACCUGUUUCUUAGUAAAUGAAGGGUGGAGCCAGCUGGCCGCCAUGCACUGCGUCAUGCUGCCCGACCUGCUGGGGCUGGACAAGUUCCGGCCCCCGCUUCUGGAGAUGCUCGCUCGGAGGUGGCAGGACCGGUGCCUGGAGGUCCGAGAAGCCGCGCAGGCCCUGCUGCUGGCCGAGCUGAGGAGGAUCGAGCAGGCCGGGCGGAAGGAGGCCAUCGAUGCCUGGGCCCCGUACUUGCCCCAGUACAUGGACCACGUCAUGUCGCCUGGGGUCUCAGCCGAAGCCAUGCAGACGGUCACUGCGGCUCCGGACACCACCUCGGGGACCGAGGCCAAAGUCCAAGAGGAAGAGCAUGACCUUGUUGAUGACGACAUCACAGCUGGUUGCUUAUCAAGCGUCCCACAAAUGAAAAAAAUUUCCACAUCGUACGAGGAAAGAAGGAAACAGGCUACCGCUAUUGUUUUGCUGGGAGUGAUAGGAGCUGAAUUUGGUGCCGAAAUCGAACCUCCUAAACUGCUGACCAGACCGCGAAUCAGUCAAAUUCCUGAGGGAUUUGGUUUGACCAGUGGUGGAUCCAACUACUCCUUGGCCAGACACACUUGCAAAGCGCUGACGUUUCUUCUGCUCCAGCCGCCGAGCCCCAAGCUGCCUCCGCACAGUACCAUCCGGAGAACGGCGACCGAUCUGAUUGGGCGCGGGUUCACGGUGUGGGAGCCCUACAUGGACGUGUCGGCCGUCCUCAUGGGGCUGCUGGAGCUCUGUGCCGAUGCUGAGAAACAGCUGGCCAACAUCACAAUGGGGCUGCCUCUGAGCCCAGCAGCUGACUCCGCCCGCUCAGCCAGGCAUGCCCUCUCCCUCAUCGCCACGGCCAGACCACCCGCCUUCAUCACCACCAUUGCCAAGGAGGUCCACAGACACACCGCUCUGGCGGCCAACACCCAGUCGCAGCAGAACAUGCACACGACGACGCUCGCACGGGCCAAGGGGGAGAUUCUGAGAGUCAUCGAGAUUCUCAUUGAGAAGAUGCCCACGGAUGUCGUGGAUCUUCUUGUGGAGGUCAUGGACAUCAUCAUGUACUGUCUGGAAGGCUCUCUGGUCAAGAAGAAGGGCCUCCAGGAGUGUUUCCCGGCCAUCUGCAGGUUCUACAUGGUCAGCUAUUACGAGCGGAACCACAGGAUCGCAGUUGGGGCGCGCAGUGGCUCGGUGGCGCUUUACGACAUCCGGACCGGGAAGUGUCAGACGAUCCAUGGACACAAGGGACCGAUCACCGCCGUGGCCUUCGCUCCUGAUGGACGCUAUCUCGCCACCUACUCAAACAGUGACAGCCACAUCUCCUUCUGGCAGAUGAACACCUCUCUGCUGGGAAGCAUCGGCAUGCUGAACUCGGCUCCUCAGCUGCGCUGCAUGAAAACCUACCAGGUGCCGCCCGUGCAGCCCGCCUCGCCCGGCCCCCACAACGCCCUCCGACUGGCGCGGCUCAUCUGGACUUCCAACCGCAACGUCAUCCUGAUGGCCCACGAUGGGAAGGAGCACCGCUUCAUGGUCUGA